AUGGUAAAAAUCUUACUUAUUUCCUUUUUGUUGAUAUCUGCUAUAGCACACUCAGGGACUUUAAAAACUGGUAGAAAUUAUGUGCAAGUCCCUUUAGAGUCAUUUUUGGAAACUGAAUUAACAGAAGAUACAAGUUCAGACGAAGUGACAGAUGUCCCUGUCCAAGAUGAGGACGCAGAAAGCCAAACAAUCCCUCAAGGAGACAGUGAUUCUGCUCCUGCUGAAGUAGAAGAUGAGUCUACUCAAAUGAUGACAGUUGACUACUCAGACGAAGAAAAAUUAAAUACCACUGCAAGUGCAAAGGACGCAGCAAACGGAAUCGUCAGUCAAGUCUUAGAAUAUGCUUAUAAAAAUGAUCAAUUGUAUAUGACAAAUUUAAAAUUGAGCCGAGAAAUUGAAGAUUUAGAAGAAAUGCUAGAUGGGGCAGUAGGGAAAAUAAACAGUGCACGAUUAAGCGAGUUAAACUUGGUAAGUAAAUUAAAUGAAGAAAUGAAAGUUUUAGAUCAGUACUAUGGAGCCAUUCUUAAUGAUCCAGAAAAAGUGGUGGAAGCGGCAAAUAAUAUCAAAGCUGAAGUUGAAAAAAUUAAUGAAGAAAAGGCUGAGGAGGAAGAGCAGAAAGAAGAUAAUGAAGAUGAUGAGGAUGAAGAUUUGGAGGCCUCUUCUACCAUGGUAUGCGUUAUUGGGCUUGGAUUCUUGUUUCUAAUACUCCGUGGAGCUCGAUCUGUAUUUGGAGCCUUAGUUGAAAAUGGCCUGAAAACAGGAAUUUAUGCUUUAAUGGCAGAUAUUGCAUUAUUAGUUGUGGUAUGAUCUGCAACUGUCGUUGCUGAUUAUGGAGAUUGGUUUGACGAAGAUAGGCUUGACUUCGACAUGAUAGUCGUUGGAGUUGCUUUGUUUAUCCUAAUAUGAAUGAUGCAAGGACUUUGGCUGAUUUUCCUAUGUCAUUUAUAUGCAAAACAAUGGAAAAGGCAAGAAAAAAUCAUUGGAAAUCCAGAUAAAGAAAUGCCAGCUGGAUUAGCUUCAUAUGGAAUAAUGCGAUAUCUCUUUUUAAAUCCAUCUUACUUUCCAUCAGUUACAGAAUCAUAUUUAAGCUCAAAUUUCAAUUUUGCUGAAUAUUUAACUCGAGCUCUUGGUGAGAUUUUGAAAUCUGUGUAUUCGUUCUCAUGACUGGGAUUUUUUCUUAUGCUUUUUGCUAUUUUUUGUUGAAGAAUUGCUCUUGAAGGAGAUAAUACACUAGAAAUCGCAAUUUUUUUUGUUGUUCCAGCCAUUUUAUUAUUAAUUUGGUUUUGUGUUUAUAUGAAGCUAAAAUUGAUCUUUAAACUUCUAGUGCCACAGGUAGACAAUUUUGAGAGGAAAGUAUCACCUGAAAUAAACCCAGAAGAAAUAAAAAAUAUUGUACCGAUGCCUUUAUAUCUAGAAGGACAAAUCCCAGACGAAGAGAUUCGAAUUUUAUAUUUUAUACCUUGAUAGAUUAACAAUUUCCAUUAUCAUAAAGAUGGCCGACCGCUAUUCUGCUUGAUAAUUAUUCAUUUAGAAAAGUUAUAAAAUAAACCCCAUGAAACUGACUUGUGGCUAUAUUUUUAUUGGACAGUACCCCACAAAGCAUGAACUUCUUUUUUGGUUUGAUUCCUAUGGGCCACAAUUCUUCGGGAGUAUAAUCCAAGCUCUUAACGUGAUUUUAACACUAUGACUAGUUGUAGUACUUAUUUACUAUAUUUCUAUGCUUGAUGACGAAGUAGGUGGACUCACAGCAAUUUUUAUUAUUUUUGCUAUACUCUUUUGGACAAUCUUAGCAUGCAUUUGUAUACCUCUAGCAGUUCGCUUAUAUUGCAUCACAACAAAAAUAGAAAUGCUUAAAGAUAGAAAUCUGAUUAAUGAAGCAGUACAAGUUCAAAAGGCAGAAAGAUCGAUGAGGACUAUGAGAAUUUAUAGACAAGUGAAGUCAAUCUAUAGAGAUUACCAGCGUAGUAGUAAUGAAGAAAAUUUAGUAAAUCUGAAGCCAGAUGUUUUAAAUUUAACUGAUGAAGUCUAUCAUUUGGAAGCUCAAAAUAAGCAAAUUUAUGUUACACAAAUUGAUAAUAUAUUAGAACUAGUCGGAGUUAGACUCACUGAAGAUGAACUUAGACUCCUAGCUAAAGAAUGCUCCCCUAGCGCAGAUAAUAAUGUGAAUUUUAAAGGCUUCAAAACAGCACUAGAGCGAAUUUUAGCUGGAAAAGGCUAUAAACCUCAAGAAGUCAUUAAAAAAACCUUCAAGGCUUACAUAGAACUGGCAAAAGGUAAGGAUGAAAGCGCGAAAACAAUUUCUCUCAGAAAUCUAAGUGAGUUUUUCAAAGAGUAUAGCUGGCAUUUGAAUGAUGAUGAUAUGAGAGAGUUUCUAAAAGAUAUAAAAUACUUCACAGGAAAUAGCGGAAAAAUGACAACAAACGAUUUCGGAGGGAUUUUCAGGGAUGAAGUUUCUCGUCUCCCUAAAUAA